AUGAGCUCUACUAAUCUGUAAGUUAAGGAUGCAAUUUAGAAAAGAUAAGAAUUCUUGAUAUCAUUUCAAGAAUCAUUCGAUUCCUAUGAUGAAUUAUUUUCUUUGGUCAAGGAUGAAGGACUUUACAUAAAUGCUGAGCCCUUGAGACAUCCUCUUAUAUUUUACUUUGCUCACACUGCAGUUUUCUAUAUCAACAAACUAUUUGAGACUAAUAUAUUAAGUGCUCCAGAAUAGAGAAUUAAUAAAUACUUUGAGGAAAUAUUUGCUCUCGGAGUAGAUGAAUUUGACCAUGAUGAGAAAUUAGACUGCAAGAAAGAUUGGCCAAAAGCAAGUGAGGUUAGGUAAUAUAGAUAGAAAGUGAGAAUGUUUAUGACAAGCAUUAUUGAAAAAUUAGAACUUGAGGAUAAUACUGUAAUAGAUUAGAAUUAUAAAUUCUGGAUCAUAAGUAUGGGCAUUGAGCAUGAAAAAAUUCACCUAGAUACUUCAAGUGUCAUAAUGAGAAUGCUACCCACUGAUUUCAUAAGCAUUAACCAGAAUAAUAAUUCUUCCAGAUUCCUUAAUAUCUUUAAAAUAGUUGAUGAGGGAAGUGACGGACUAAACUAAAAUAUAAUUGAUUUUAUCAAGGUUUAAGAGCAGAAUAUAGUAGUUGGAAGGCCUAAAUCAGAAAAGGAAGCAAUUGAUUCAGAACACACAGAAAAUCUUGAAUACAUAUAUGGAUGGGAUAAUGAGUUUGGGCAUGAAAGAACAACUGUGGAUGAAUUUCGAAUCUCUACUAAAUUAAUCACUAAUGCAUAAUAUUUGAGAUUCGUUGAUGAUGGAGGAUAUUUGAACUCUGAAUAUUGGUCUGAAGAGGGAUGGCAAUGGGUCUAGUCAUAUUAAGCUAGCAUGCCAAAGUUUUGGAUUAAAACUUUAAAAGGAUACAAACUUAGAUUAACUUUCCAUGAGCUAAACUUUAUGCCUUGGAAUUUUCCAGUAGAAGUAAACUGUCUUGAAGCAAAUGCUUACUGCAGGUGGCUUAGCAGAAAAUAGAAUAUUUUGGUCAGAAUACCAACAGAAAAUGAGUAUCUUGUUCUUUACAAAAGAUACUAAAAUGAGCUCAAAUCAUCAUAGAUAAAUAACAUGCUGAUGCAUGCUUCUCCAAGUCCUGUUGAUAAAUAUAAGCAAGGGGAUGUUUAUGAUUUGAUGGGAAAUGUGUGGCAGUGGACGCUGACUUCAUUUUACCCAUUUUAAAACUUUACCAAGCACUCUGCUUAUGAAAAUUUUUCUACUUUUUCCUUUGAUGAUAAGCACAAUAUCAUUAAAGGGGGCAACUGGAUAUCCUACGGAAACAUGGCAACUUAGUAGACAAGAUAGUGGUUUAGAAGGCACAUCCAUUAGCAUUCAGGAUUCAGAGUUGUCCUUCAGGAUAAAAAUAUUAAGAAUAAUCAAGAUUUUUUACAGCAAAUCGCUGAAAAUCAAAAUGAUUGUAUUCCUAUGAAUGCAAAGAGAUUAUAAUCGAAAAUUGAUAGUAUGUAGGAUUGA